GUGAGGGAGGCGAGAACAUGGCGGAAGCGGUGUGAAGGGUCUGUACGCCAAGCGGGCGCGUCUUCUCGCGGGCGGGCGGCGCUGUGCGCGGGGAAAGGAGAGGCCUGCUGAGGGGCUGCUGCUGCGCGGCGACUGCUGGCUCCGGGGCCCGCGGGUGGCGGCCGCAGCCUCCCCUUGGGCUUUGUCAGGUGGAAGAAUAAUUUCACAGCUAUGGAGAAUGAACCGAGCACAACAACAUGUUCUACAUGCACAACCACUAUCACCACCACAUCCUCCCCUUCCCGUACUCAGCCACCUCAGAUAUCUGUCUAUAGUGGUGCAGAUCGACAUGCCGUGCAGGUUAUUCAGCAGGCCUUGCAUCGUCCGCCAAGCUCAGCAGCGCAGUAUCUUCAGCAGAUGUAUGCAGCUCAGCAGCAGCAUCUCAUGUUACAAACAGCUGCUUUGCAACAACAGCAUUUAAGUAGCACCCAGUUCCAGAGCCUGGCCAGUGUCCCACAGGCAAACCUGUCAGGUGGGAGGCAGUGCGCAUCCCCCAAUGGCAGUGUCACUCAGCAGUCAAGUAUGUCGGAGACAUCGAUUAAUCUUUCUCCUUCUCCUACACCCGCGCAGCUAAUAAGCCGUUCACAGACCUCCAACAGUAGUAGCAGCAGUCUUACCCAACAGACCAUGCUUCUGGGGAGCACCUCUCCUACUUUGACCGCAAGCCAGGCUCAGAUGUACCUACGAGCCCAAAUGCUGAUUUUUACACCUGCUACCACUGUGGCGGCUGUCCAGUCUGACAUUCCUGUUGUGUCGUCGUCCUCUUCGUUUCCCUGUCAGUCUGCGGCUACUCAGGUCCAGAAUUUGACAUUACGCAGCCAGAAGUUGGGUGUAUUAUCUAGUUCACAGAACGGCUCUCCAAAAAGCAGUAGCCAUGCCCAGACACUAGCUGUGUGCCCUAAUAAACCCGUAACCAGUACCAAAGCCAGCCAGUCAGAUCCUCUGGAAAGCAAACGGAAAGGUGACAGCCCAACAGCAGAGCCUCGAAGCCCAGCCGUCACACGCACAUCCAGUAUUCAUCAGCUCAUGGCACCAGCUUCAUAUUCUGCUAUUCAGCCUCAUUCUCUGUUGAAGCACCAGCAGUCCCCUCUUCACUCACCACCUUCAAAAAUUUCCCACCACCAGCUGAUCUUCCAGCAGCAACAAGUUCAACCAAUCACGCUCCAGCUUCCUCCCAACCAGGAAGCAGCUGUGUCGCAACACUGUGCCCCUCUCCAAGGCCAUGCUCUUCCUCCAGCCCCCAGCAGCGCCUCAUCGCAGCACUGCACACCUGUCCACAUCCACCCCCCGCCACUUCCUCCUCCACUUUCUCCAACUCCAUCCCAGUCCUCCCAACAGUCAGUCGUGGUAUCUCCUCCACCACCUCCUUCGCCCAGCCAGUCGCCAACAAUCAUUAUACACCCCCAAGCUCUUAUUCAGUCGCAAACACACCCGCUAGCAUCAUCAGCACUUCAGUCAGAGCAUCACCCAGCGCAGGCCGAUGAUAGGCCAGCAGAAGCAACCUCGCAGCCUUCUAAUCUUCCAGCCCAGCUGCCACCUUCCCCAAUAGUUCACAUUGGGUCACCGGAUCAGCCUGCCAUGGUGUCCACGGGCCAACAUAUAACAUCUCCAACGCCUCACCAGCAGUAUCCAGCUUUGCAGCCCACGCCAAUCCCAGUGGCAGCCUCUCCCCAGCUGCCAACAUCUCCAGCCCACAGCCAGCCGCUUCCUCUCCCGCCCGUUCAGUCUUUACAAGUGCAGCCUGACAUUUUGUCCCAGGGUCAGGUUUUGGUGCAGAACACGUUGGUUUCUGAGGAGGAGCUUCCUGCUGCCGAAGCGUUGGUCCAGCUGCCGUUUCAGACUCUUCCUCCUCCUCAGACAGUUGCAGUGAAUCUUCAAGUGCAACAAGCAGUACCUGUUGAGACCCCAGUGAUUUAUCAAGUGGAAGACAUGUGUGAGGAGGAGAUGCCAGAAGAAUCGGACUGUGUGCGUAUGGUUAGGACCCCCACUCCACCCACCUUGUCACCUCCAGCUAUAACUUUAAGAAACAGAGAUGAGCUUGGCUAUGAGGAACCUUUUUCAGAACAAGACGGACAUCCCUCAAUGGCCUCAUCAGUUAGCGCUUCUGUAAUUAAAUCACCAUCAGACCCUUCACAUGCCUCUGUUCCACAACCACCUCUUUUGCUUCCAGCAAUCCCAACAAGGAGUAACAGCGCAUCAGUGUCUCAUAAGAACCCUAGCAUAGAAAACAAACCUCCACAGGCUAUCGUUAAGCCACAAAUCCUGACCCAUGUUAUUGAGGGCUUUGUGAUCCAAGAGGGUUUAGAGCCAUUUCCUGUAAGUUGUUCAUCUCUUCUAGUUGAGCAGCCUGCGAAAAAGAGGCUGCUAGUGGAAGGCCAGGCGAUGAAUGUUAUGUGUGUGGAGCCAGAGCUGCAGAACAAUGCAAAGCACGUAGACAACUCCUCAGACACAGAAUUGGAGGAUAUAAUUACGGAAGAGGGGCUGGAUGAGAUGGAAACGGAUCUCCUCAAGUGCGAGUUUUGUGGGAAGAUGGGAUAUGCAAAUAAGUUUCUGCGGUCAAAGCGAUUCUGCACCAUGUCCUGUGCCAAGAGGUACAACGUCAGCUGCAGUAAGAAAUUUGGAUUAUAUGGCUCAGACAAAAGCAGUCGUUGGAGCCGGAGCCUUGGGCGACGCGGGCGACGGCCAAGCAGCUCUGAUGGAGCUCCCAGGGAACACUUCCUUAGACAGCUUCCAAUUACUUAUCCAUCUGCAGAAGAAGACUUGGCUUCUCAGGAAGACAAUGUACCGGUUGCCAUGACCACUCGCUUGCGAAGGCAAAGUGAAAGGGAAAGAGAGCGCGAACUUAGGGAACUGAGAAUUAGGAAAACAACAGACAACAUGGAUUUGUUACCAGCGAUACAAUCUGAUCCAUCCGGAUGGACUGUGGAAGAUGUUUGGGCCUUCAUACAUUCUUUGCCUGGUUGCCAAGAUAUUGCCGAUGAAUUUCGAGCCCAGGAGAUCGAUGGGCAGGCUCUCCUCUUAUUAAAAGAGGAUCAUCUCAUGAGUGCAAUGAAUAUUAAGCUAGGACCUGCACUGAAAAUCUGUGCACGAAUCAACUCCUUGAAGGAAUCCUAGUGGAAAAUAAGGCUUUAAAUCACAGCUUCCACCAUAUGACAGACUUGUAAUAAAACAGCAUCUUAAUGUUU